UUACACAGCCGCUCCUACACUGUGGACUACGCCUGAGGCAUUACAGAGGGACCAAAUCCUCUGUUUUCGUGCGUCUGUCCAUCCCCCCCAUUAAGCUGUUACAUUAUGUCAUGGGCAACCAGGUCACCUAUCAAUCCACGUACCAAUUUGUCGCAAGUCGUAUCAGUUUACAAAGUAGCCUGCCCUCAGCACACAGGCGGCUAGCAUUACAGCAUACAAUUCCAUUAUGUCUACACCCACUGCCUCUGAGAGUCCAGCACAUUUACCAGGGAUCUUAUACUGUCCACCCGCUGUUCCCAGGCCUUUUUACAGCUCCCACAAUCUCAGAUGCUCAACUGACCGUAGACACGCACAAAAAUAAAAAUCUAUUACGGCAUGUCACACAGCCGGUCAAAGUCAAUUUCAGCCAUGAGUAUCACAUGCCACUCUACUAUAUUGUGGCAACCAUUACUCACGACCUCCCACCACAUGUUCCAAUCAACCUCUGCAUGAUAGCCAACACACCCACUUUACAAAUCCUU